UCAAUACUAAUCAAUAUCAAAUUUAGAAUUAAUUUAAUGUUGCCACAGAAUUAGGUGAAACCAUAAAAUAAAUAGAUUUAUAAAUAAUUACUAAUCCUAUAAAUAGAUAUAAUGGCGUCACGGAAUAUAGAAGACAUUCACGUGACCCUACUAAAUAAGUUACUGUCAGACUCCGGACUAGAAUGCAUCAGAUCGGCUCCAGAAUCACCGGAAUCAUUUUCCUCAUUAGGAGAAAUUGAAGAACAAGGUCCAUGUGAAGAACACGAGGAAGUUAUUCCUGAAGAAAUUCCAGAAGAAGAGAAACAGCAAAUUGUAGAAGAACUAUUCGAAGAAGAAACAGAGGUCUUCCCAUCGCCUUCCUUAAGACGUAUCUUACCUGACAAAAUUAGAAAAAUAGAAGAACAAAACAAGAUCCAUGUACUUCCUGAGGAAUUCAAAACUGAUAUCGAUCCAGCAGCCAUACCUAAGAUAGCUUAUACUGCGCAACAGAAGUAUAUAGAUAUUCUAGCAGAAAUUGUAGGUUGUACUAAAUAUAAGAGCAGUUUGGCAGAAUUCUGGUUUCUGGAUACCUUAGCUAAUUUGCUAAGAAGAGCACAAGAAGAUGAAUUAGAUAGACCAACUCAAGCCAUACUUAUACUUUGGUUUUGUGAGUGGAUGAAGGAAAUACAACACUUUGAUGCAGCUGACCGAAAUAGAAUGCUAAAACGUUUCCAGGAUAACAUGGUUUCUGCGGCAAGAUUUAUAGCAGAAGAAGAGCGGCUACCUACUCCAACUGAAGCGGGUGUCUAUUACCAAGCUCGAGAAAAUUUACCUGGUGCACAAGAGCUGGGUCCCAAUAUUCCGACGGAAUUAAAGCAACACCUUGUCACGUUUAAGGGUGCAGCUUAUGAAUGUUCUUUGAGAGACCUUACAAAGAUCAUUCAUUAUAUUUUUGAUUUAUUCAGCACCGACUAUCAAUAUAACUUGGUGCGUUCCAUCUUCACGUUUACUCCCGAGUACAUGUUGAUAGAUGCACCGUUCCAAAUACAAAAUUCUAAAGGGCUUUACGUGCCCUUGAAAUUCAAACCUAAAAAGGAGAAAUCACCAAAAAAGGAUAGUAAGCAAACUAAAGGAAAAAAGAGGGAAAUCGAUACAGAAGAAUAUUUGGCUUUGAUGGAGCUUAAAGCCAAAGAGGAAAGGGAGUUGGAAGAACAAGAAAAAAAGGACCGCGAAGAUUGGCAUCGCCGUAAUCACAUUCUGCCCCUCAACUUCGCAGCUGAUGAUGCCUUCUUCGACAAGUACUGGCCUCCGCCACCGCCUGAACCGAUCAUAGAACCUGAACCCGAGCCUAAGGGCAAAGGAAAAGGGAAGGGCAAAAAAUAA